ACUCGGAACCCUGGAGUCACUGGGCACCACAGUCCAGCGACGGCUGCCUGACAGUCACUUGGCUGGAGAGAGUCAGCAGCGAUCAGAUCAUGCUGUGCUGCUUUCCCGGGCCCUGAGGCCGCAGCAGGACCCCGCACAGGGAAAGCACUUGGGCGUGAGUGAGAGGAUGGAUGGCUAAGUCCCCGUGCUUCGGGCCACUCACCAGGAACUGCCUGGCCUUCAGGGGCAGCACAGGGCGGGUCUCCCCAGACCCGGAGACCUGGGGACCUGAGAUGAGCGGGAGCCCAGGGCAGAUCUCCCUGGACCUGGGCUCCAGACUCUCGGGGCCACCGAGUCCAGGACAGGUCCAGUCAGGCCCGGCCACCACUAUUGGGGCCCAAUGGGAGGAGAGCCGGGCAGAGGACUGCAUGGUGAGCACGGCACUGGCAGGCAUGCAGCCGUCCCCCGAGGGAGGCCCCGGAAUGGGACUUCCUGCACAGCCACCCCAUCCAAGUGGACUCCCACCUGGACCCCUCUGGGACCUGGAUUCUUGCCCUGCAGGAGGGGAUGGUGCUAAGGUGAGGUCUGUGGUCAGCACCCAGGAGCAGUUGGCCACUGUGGACCCAAGUCCUUGGAAGCUGCACUCCCAGGAGGAUCCACCAGCUGAACUCCUGCCCCAGCUGGAGCAAGCUGAGCCCACUGAGGCACAGCCCACAGGACCAGCUGCAGCCCAAGCUGAAGUCCCAUAUGUGGAGCCCGAGCCAGCUCCACCUGCAGCUUCCUGCCCAGCGCUGGGACCACAGCCAGAGUCUGUGGCAGCCCCUUCACCUGCUGCAGUGCUGGGGCACCUGGUGGCUGCACGGCAGUCAGUGUCACCUCCUGAGCUCCACCUGGCGCCAGCUCCUGGCCCCCUCCCACUGUUCCCCUCACUUACGCUGGCUCACGUUUUGGGAUUUACACUUGCCCUUAUUUAUUGGAUUUAUAUAAAUAAUAGAAGUAGCUUUUAAUAAAACUUAAAAUUUUGAUGUUUA